GAGGUAAAUAAUAAAAAUGAAAUUCAGACGUGAGACUUAGCGCGAACUAUCAGUAAUCCAUAUACAUAUCUACUUCAUCUGUGAACAAAACAUAAUACAUAAGUAUAUAUUCCAAACACGAAUCGAAUGCGCAGUUUCCUAACUUAAAAAAAGUUAAAAAUCACAAAUUCAAAUACAACUGUUGUCUGGAUUCGUAAGUAUAUAUCCUCCUAUGACAGUAAUAAACAUAAUGAAGAAAACUAUUAAUAACAAUUUACCUGGAACUCUGCCUUCAUCAAAUGUAAUAGACAGUAAAUUUGUUGAUUUAUCCUCAAAAUAUUUACCAGAACUACUAGAAUUACGUGACCGUCAAUUAAAAUUGCUAAAGAACAAAUUGUUUAUUGAAAAGCUACCAGACAAAGGAUUAAAGAUUCAUUCUUUAUACAAUAAAAUAGAAAAUGAAAUAAAAUUAAAACAAGAUGAGGAACAAGCAUGUUCUCUGUUCAGCAAAAUGAAAUUAGAAUCAAUUGAUAAAAGCUCUAUGCAAGACAUCGAAUGGAAAGGAAAAGUAGCCUAUGAUAAUAAAGAUACUUAUUUAGAUUCCGAUGAUGACAGUGAACCCGAGGAUGUUUUUAAUAUUUUAAGCCAAAAUACAGCUGAUAAGAAAAUAGUUAAAAUACUAAAUUCACAGAAACCUUUAAUAACAACUGAAGAUCUCAUAAACAUAGAAGAAGUACCACAUGUUAAAUAUUUAGUCAAAAUAACUGAGGAAAAUAUUAAACUAAAACCCCAUGGUCAGUUCAAGCCAUAUAAAACAACAAUAUCUGAUGUUCAUAAACCAGAAAAAGAAAUUCAGAGGAAAAAACAUAAAAAUUGGGAAAUAACAUCUGCUACACCACCUCCAAUAGUUCAUGCUCCAGCAAAAGUUUUGUCUAUAAAGGAAUCUCUAAAGCUUCAACGAGAAUAUAACAUACAUUUAAAAGAUAUUGAAACCCAGCAUGCCGCUAAAAAGUUAUUCGCAAAGGCUGGUGUUAAAAUGCCUGAAUUACCUAUAGACACUUCUAAGUUUGGAGAGUAUAGAUCUAAAAUGGACAGUGAUGAUUCUGAUGGCUCAGAAUCAGAUACUGAAGGGAGUGACAAAGAAGUUCUUGAUGAGGAACCAGAAAGAGGUGGUGUCAUAUUUACAGUUAUGAAAUGAUUAUUGUAUUAAAUAAUUAUGGAAUUGAGAUAAUCAAGAGUCUUGUGUAAAUAUUCACACACAUAAGAAAGUGUUAAGUGUUUGCCUAGCAGAGCUACAUAGGAAAAUAUAUUUAAAAUAAACAUUUCUGUUACU